AAGCAUCAGCAGUUGAGAGGAUUCACAGUGGCUCUUCUCCUGUAUCCAAAAAUGUUGCCGGUUGGAUCAGUAUUUUCCGAUGAAUUAUGUCAGUAUCGGAACCCGAUCUGGGAUCGGAUUGGUCCCGUCCCUAGAAUGUAUAUAUAUCCAAAAGUGAAGAAUUUCAGACUGCGUGUGACUGCUCGAGCACACCGGCUGCUUUUUGCCCGGCCUCACUGACGAAUAGUCGCUGAAAAAAAGCUCUUCCCAGCAGGGUGAUGUUUGUCACUCAUUCUUCUUCUUUUUGCCCCAAACAAACACAAUCACACGCACAUCUACGGAUAAUUUAAAACCUUCAAUCCACCUAACAAUCCAGACUGAAUGCUUUACUUUUUAUUUCAUUCUUUUUUCGAGAACACACAAGUUUUCCCAAACAUGGCGACAGUGAGACUUGUUCAUCCUCUAGAACACAAAGUGACAUAGAAACCUCCGCCCGAUGUUCACCUUGUGCAUGUGGACACAGCAACUUCAGCGCACUCUGCGCGGGAUCUGAACCUGUACAGGCUUUGAGGUUCAUCCCCACAGACUAUAACAUGAAGGAGAUGAGAGUCCACAAACCACUCCAUUGCAAGUUACUCCCCAGCCAAGGCUGGAACCCAUCUACAACAAGGGGAAUGAGAUGAUGUAGAACAGGUGUCUUGUCCAAAGACACAUAGUUCCCUGUAGUUUGUCUGUAGGGCUAUUGUUUGGCAAUUCAGCACCCAUGCCACAGAGCCACUUGCUUUACUUUGCUAGAUGAUCUAUUGAAACUUCAAAGAGGACAGACAAGAAGGCAGUAUGUUUGCAAAAGUUUAGUCUUUGCAUAUCUUUGUACAUGCUUCAUGGUUGUCUUCCUUCUCUGAUUUGUCUGCAGGCAGUUGAUCUCAGUAAACCUAUAGACAAGAGAAUAUACAAAGGGACUCAGCCGACAUGUCAUGACUUCAACCAGUACUCUGCCACAGCAGAGAGUGUAGCGCUCAUCGUGGGUUUCUCAGCUGGACAGGUCCAGUACCUCGACCCUAUCAAGAAGGAAACCAGCAAACUGUUCAAUGAGGAGAGGUUGAUAGACAAAUCCAAGGUGAUGUGUCUGAAAUGGCUUCCCAAAUCGGAGAACCUUUUUCUGGCAUCCCAUGCCAGCGGCCACCUCUACCUCUACAAUGUAGACCAUCCAUGUGGUACCACAGCCCCACAGUACUCACUGCUGCGGCAGGGUGAAGGCUUUGCCGUGUAUGCCUGCAAAACAAAGACUCCACGCAACCCUCUUUUACGUUGGGCUGUGGGUGAAGGAAGCCUAAAUGAGUUUGCCUUCUCCCCGGAUGGUGUGCAUGUAGCGUGUGUGGGUCAGGAUGGUUGCCUGCGCGUCUUCCAUUUUGAUUCCAUGGAGCUGCAGGGGGUGAUGAAGAGCUACUUUGGUGGGUUGUUAUGCGUUUCAUGGAGCCCUGAUGGGAAAUAUCUGGCCACAGGUGGAGAGGAUGACCUAGUUACUGUUUGGUCAUUUGCAGAGAGUCGUGUGGUAGCAAGGGGUCAUGGCCACAAGUCCUGGGUGAAUGUAGUGGCCUUUGAUCCCUUCACAACUUCCUUGGAAGACGAUGAACCAAUGGAGCUUAGCGGCAGUGAGGAAGAUCUCCAGAGUGGACCUAAUAAUUCCAUGCACUUUGGCCGGGUUCGAACAAGCAGCACAUUGUCGCGUCUUUCUCAGCACAGCUCUAAAGGUGGUGGGUCGCCUUCUGUCACAUACCGGUUUGGCUCAGUAGGGCAGGACACCCAGUUCUGUUUGUGGGACCUAACGGAUGAUGUUUUGUACCCACGGUUGCCACUGUCACGGGCCUUUACUAACACUUUUGGACCCUCACUGUCCACCUCGGGCAGCGGUGCAGUCAACAAUACCUCUGUAGGGGGAGGCGGUGGAGAAGUGGAGGGCCAUCACCACCCACCGAACACUAACACUGGCACCUCUAACCCGCCAACGCUCCCUUUGCCACUUCCUCGUUCACUCUCACGUUCCAACUCUCUGCCCCAUCCUGCUGUGGCAAAUGCAUCCAAAGGCCAGGGAGGCUCAGAGGGAAGUGUGGGAGGAGGUGGUGGAGGAGGGAGCACUAGUGGAGGAAAUAGCACCCCAUUCAGCAUUGGUCGCUUUGCAACUCUUUCACUCCAGGAGCGUAAGUCAGACAAAUCUGCUGGUAGUAGUGGGGUGGACAAGGAGCACAAGCGAUACCACAGUUUGGGCAACAUCAGCAAGAGCAAUGAUAAGAUCAAUGUGGCGCCGCGGAGCAACCGGCUAGAUGCUGCAAAGGUCUUGGGAACCACACUUUGCCCACGCAUGCAUGAGGUGCCGCUGUUGGAGCCGCUGGUAUGCAAGAAGAUUGCACACGAGAGGCUGACUGUCCUGGUUUUCAUGGAUGAUUGCAUUAUCACAGCCUGCCAAGAGGGACUCAUCUGUACCUGGGCGCGACCAGGGAAGGCGAACUUGACUGCACAGAAUGGAAACUCUCCAAGCGGCACAGUGGUAUAGCUGAAGGAGAAGCUUUGCACUUGCCCCUCGCUCAUCCCCUUAUUUUUAUUUGUCUUCUCUAUAUCCACUCUUUACUUACGUGAAAAUAGGGGCCAACAACCAUAGACGGCAACCUACCUGCAGUACGAUGCCCUCAUUGUAACGAUCUGUACUUAUCAUAACACAAACCUUUCCAGUGUGAUGCUCACAGUGGCCAGUCGGAACUCUGACACAUCGAGGUGGGAAGCACUUCCUGAAAUAUUUUACUUUGUAUAACGCCUGAAUAGAUCCUUGUCAUUUGAUUGGUGGUUUGUAUGUCACAUGACAUGGAUUAUUUUUAUUUAUUGUGUUCAAUUUACCAUGCAAUUUUAGUGCUAUUCAGCAUGAAAUUUUGGUACUGUACGAUUUGUGCUAUUGCACGCCCUAACCACUGCGCGCGUUUACACUACCGGCGACAGCUAAGCUUAUAAACAAACAUGGCGGGAGCGUAUUGACGGUGCUCAUUCUUCUAACACAAAAUACAAAUCCAGUACACCGUAAGCCAUCUGGAGGCAUUUGCAGUAUUUGCUGGGACGUCUCUAAGUGAAGUGGAACCGCUGUCAGAUGAAGAUCUCGACACAUUUCUGUUGCGAAUUUUCACUGGUCUGAGAAAAGCAGACAGCAGUCUGUACACUGGACUACAUCGUCAGGAUUGUUUCUGAACUUUGAGUGUUUUUGCAAGUUGACUGAGAACAAUUUUGGAUUUGAUUGGACU